UGACAGUUUUGAUUUUGAAGUUUGUAGAUUUUUGGUUGUUAUUGAAAUUCUGAGUUUAAAUUGAACAAAAUGUUGAUAAGAUUUUGAUUUGAAUCUGAGAAGCUGGAUUUUUAUGUGAUUGUUAUUACAAUAUAGUUUUUAUCCAAUGGCUCUAAUUCUGAAAUAUUUGAUAGCCGGCUUAGUAAGAUAUUGGCUCAUUCACACGGACUAUUGGCAAACAAUAGCAAAUAGAGUUGAAAUAGCGACGCCGCUGAACUCGUGGAAAAGGUUAAUUGAGGGUGUUUACUUGUAUGACCAUGGCAUAAAUCCUUACGAAGGGGACUCGUUUCACGAGUCGCCAGUGAUGCUCAUCUUAUUCCACUUUCUAUUGAAAAAAGUACCAUAUUUAUUACCAGUUAUUUUUGUUGUAUUGGACGCACUAACUGCUCACAUUCUGUACAUGACGUCGAAAGCAUUCAUACGAAUAUUUAAAGAAUCGCAAGAAAGGGAGAAAGGAGAUGUUGCAGAGGAUUCAAAGACAAUGCUUUUGAAAGAUUCUCAGUUGAAUGAAGUCCCUAACUAUGUUCUUUCUGUGUAUUUGUUCAAUCCGUAUUCUGUGCUGAACUGUGUGGGGAUGACUACUACGGUUAUACAGAACUUGCUUCUUGCUGUAUCACUGUGGGGAGCCUCCAGUGGUCAAAGGAUUUUGGCUUGUGUGUUCAUUGCUCUGGCCACUCACCAAGCCCUGUACCCAAUUCUGCUAGUUGUGCCAAUAUCUAUUUUACUUGCAAAUGUCAACCAAGGAUGCAACAAGUGUUCCUACAUAAGAACACUUCUAGUAUUUGUGUUGUGCUGGGGAUUCUGUAUAUUUAUAUCUGCCUUCAUAAUGGAUGGAUCAUAUGAUUACUUCUAUAAUACAUAUGGAUUUAUACUGACGGUGCCAGAUUUGAAACCAAAUAUUGGGCUCUUCUGGUAUUUCUUUACGGAGAUGUUUGAGCACUUUAGAUUACUCUUUGUGUGUUCUUUUCAAAUCAACGCAUUGGCCCUCUACCUGGUGCCGCUUACACUUAGAUUUUACAAGGAACCUGUGCUGCUAGCUACAGUUCUCAUUGCACUGUCUACUAUAUUCCGGUCAUAUCCAUGUGUUGGAGAUGUUGGAUUUUACUUGGCGCUAUUACCUUUGUGGAGACAUUUGUUUGUUUUUAUGCAGCAGAAAUUCAUUGUGGGCUGCGCUUUCCUAAUAACAUCAGCACUUGGGCCAACAGUGUGGCACCUGUGGAUAUACUCAGGAUCGGCAAAUGCGAACUUCUUCUUUGGUGUAACUCUGUCAUUUGCGACUGCACAAAUAUUCCUCAUCACAGACUUAUUAUUUGCACAUAUCAAGAGAGAAUUUACGCUCAAAAAUGGAUCAUCGCGGCAGGUUGAUGGAAAACUAGCCAGACUGGUACUACGAUAACUCCUUCGUUUUCUGUUAGUGAAGGUAUAAAAUAACUUUAACUAAAUAGCAUUUAAUAUAAUUACUGAACAAACACAAAAUAUUUAAGAAUUCCAAUAUGGUUAUAGAGAUUUAAUUAAUAUCAAAUUAAUUAUUAUUAUUAUAAUAACUUGGCUGGAUCCCAAAUCAGAAUACAAUACAUUAAUUCAUAAAAACUAUUUAGUGUAAUAUGAAAAACUAGCUGGCCCGCCCUGGUUUUGCUCAGGUGGAAUUCCCGAAAACACUUUCUUAGUGAGGGCUUGUUAUAGCAAUGUUGACCCAAGUUGGUAAAUGGAUGGGGGGAUUGAUUUUGGAGUGGUCUGUGAUUUUGGAGGUUCGAAGAGAAUUUGGUGUCUGUUGGUUCUGGCUACUAUCAAUAUAAACACCAAAGUCAUUUGAAUAACAUUCUUUAUAUUUGCAUUUAAUACAAUAUUUAGUUUAUAGUUUGAGUUUUAGCUAAAAAUAUGCCACAUUAUAUUUUUUGUUCAUUUCUGAACUGAACUGAACAAAAAAGAUGUGCAAACAGAUAAGCAGACAGAGAAAAAAUUCUGUUUUGGGUUCUAUAUCAAUAAAUAAUAAUUGUAUAGCUUCUUCCGAUUAUUCCAAAGUAUUUUUAAAGUGCACGAGUUGUCCAUUUACCUACAGUUUUAUUAUAAGUAAACAUCUAUACUUAGUUAUACAUAAUACUUAGUUAUAGUUUUAUCCAAGAGUGACUAACUAUAACCAAGUCAUACUGUUCUAAUUGUUUGUAAAUAUCAACAAUGGCUGGCUGCUAAUAAAAUAGAAUGUUUCUGUAUUAUUAUUUUGUGUGAGUAUUUGUUUUUCAAAUUCAUAUUUGAUUUUGUAUGGACAUUAUUUUAUAUUGUUAUAAUUACAGAAUCACAAACACGUAUCACGAAAUUUGCUAUUACUUUUUUUGUAUUAGUAACACUGGCAUGCAUUCCAAAGAGGGAAAAAGAUUGCCUACACUUAUUUUAUAAAGGUCUACUUAGAACUGUUCAUACAAAAUUAGCAUAAUAAUUAUUAUGUUUAUUUUCAGUCAAAUACUAAUAGAAGCGUAAGUAUAUCUUAAGUUAUUCUUUCGAUGAAUAUUACAGUGAUGUUUAAUUAAAAAUACAUACAUAUAUACUUAUCACUGAAAUUUCUAUUGAAUUAUUAUUAUUAUCUAGGGCCGAGCAUGACUGUUAUCCUGUAACACAUUACUAGAUCAAACUUUGACUCGAUCUCUAUAACCACUUGCAUUACUUUAUUUGGGUUACCAUAAUGUUUUUAUAAAAUAGUUAUGAGAGGUUGUAAUAUGAAGAGAGUACGUGAUUGUGAAAUCUAAUUUUAAUUGAAGUAAAAUGAACUUGCUUUAAUUUAUUGAUGUCAAUAAAAUGUUUAAUUUUUAA